AUGCAAGUCUGGCCAAGGUGAAGGUGAUGGAACCGGCUGUAUGGAUGAAGGUCAUCGUCCUUCAUCCGUAUUUACCAACAGCAUGCUACCAAGAUUUUGCACAGUUCAAGGCUGUUAUCUUAAACCCGUUUAAUAAUAGCCGAACGCCUACUUAAAGAUGCAGCUGACGCGCUUUAGCUCAGUGACCAACCAUGGCUCGCUGGGCCGCCAACGCAGCGUUGCCCGCCCGUCGGUGGUCAGCGUGCGUCGUCAGGGCCGCAAAGCCGUCGUGGUGCAAGCCAACCUUUUCGCGCGCGUUACUCGAAUUGUCAAUUCCUGGGCGAACAACGUCGUGAGCAACGCCGAGGACCCCGAGAAGCUCCUAGAUCAGGUCGUGGAGGAGAUGCAGAACGACCUGAUUAAGAUGCGGCAAGCAGCUGCCACGAUCCUCGCCCAGCAAAAACAGAUUGAAGCCAAAUACAAGCAAGCCCAAAACACCGCGGACGACUGGCUGCGACGAGCGGAGCUGGCGGUCCAAAAGAGCGAGGACGACCUGGCGAAAGAGGCCCUCAAACGCCGGAAAUCCUACCAAGAUCAGGCCGACACGCUGAAGGCCCAAGUGGACCAGCUCUCCGCCGCCAGCGGUGACGUGCUGGCCAACACGCGCGCCCUGGAGGCCAAGCUGAGCGAGGCGCGCAGCAAGAAGGAGACGCUCAAGGCGCGCGCCGCCUCCGCCAAGACCAGCCAGGCCAUCCAGGAGAUGAUGGCGGGGCUGAACACCAGCAACGCGGUGGUGGCGUUCGACAAGAUGGAGCAGAAGGUGCUGGCCAUGGAGGCGCAGGCGGAGAGCACCAAGAUGCUGGUGGGCAGCGACACGGUGGAUAACCGGUUCAAGGCGCUGGAGAGCGGGACGGUCGACGACGAGCUGGCCGCCCUGAAGCGCGGUCUGCUGGCCCCCGCCGCCGCCCCCGCCGCGUUGCCCGAGGGGCGGCCCGUGAUGGACGCGCUGGACCUGGAGCUGGAGGCGCUGCGGAGGAAGGCGCGGGCGGAGUGAGGGGCGGGGA